AUGGCAAAGCUGUUAGAUCUUCCACCAGAGCUCCUGCUUACCAUUGCCUCUUUUCUCUGGAGCAACCAGCCCCUGAAGAAGCGCCUGUUCGAGGCCAGCAUCGACAAAAAACGCCAAUCGCUCGUCAGAUCCCUCCACCGUGAGCGCUCUUCCGUCAUUAACCUCUCGAGCGCAUGCAAAGCGCUACAUGAGACGCUCAAGACAGAGAAAUACCGCUUCGUCAGCAUCCACGGGCACAACAGCGCCCACAAGCUGCUCUCCCUACUACGCCUCAUCCGCAUACGGCCCGAGAUUGGCGACCACAUCCAUCAGCUCCAUCUGCGGCUCCUCCCGUUCGCCUCCGGUCUCACCUCGGUGAGCUACGAGCAGCUACGUUCCCUGAGGACAUGGGCGGAAACCAUCGGCGUCCGUGUCAAUGAUGUGCUAUUAACCGCGCUCAAUUACGAGGAUCAUAAAGACUCAAUCAACUACGAGGACCUAUAUGGACAUGAAAAAACAUGUCUCCGUAUCUUGUGUGCCAUGAUGUGCUACUACCUUCGGCACGUCAAGGAUAUCAGCCUUUCGAUGUCUCUUGAACUGUUUUCCACCUUCGCCGAUCAACUCAUAUCUCGACGACCACCGCCGUGGAAUCAACGCUCAACAAACUUGCCAACUAUCCGAUCACUGGCAUUAGAGACCAGCAAUCCUGAAAUGUUGGGAGUCGAGUGCAUGAAUCCUUGGGACGCCAUAAGAAUGGCGGAAGUAGCAAAGAGCGUCUCUGAAAUCUAUCUGCGUGGCUUUGGCCUACGGUUUACAGCAGAGAUGACGUAUUCCAACCAUUUCCUCCACAGUCUCGUUCUGCAAGACGUUUUUCUUCCUCCCGAUGGAAGCAGCUCUGUGUAUCGCUUCCUGGAGUCCUGCAAGAGUCUCGCAAGGUUCAUCUACUUAAGAACCAACAACAUCAGUGAAUACUUUGAGUACUCACAACCCCGUCCCGUACGGAUGCAAAAAGCCUUGACGGGGAGCCGAAAUUCCCUACAAACACUCUGCAUCUACUGCGGCCCGAAGAUCCGAGAUGAUGGAACCGCCCGGUUCCUCGGCACUUUUGAAAGAUUUCCCUGUUUGGAGAGCUUGUGGGUCGAUGCAUGGAGCUGCGGGUGGGCAGUGGGAGACGACGUCGAAACCGACGUCGAGAUCGAAUCUGAGUCCAACUUUGUGGAGGAGGAACCGACACCGGCCUUGGCAACCAGGCUGAUCCAGACUCUCCCCCCGUCUCUGCGACGGCUUCAUAUUGAUGGUCCCGUCGACCGCAUUUACGACAGCCUGAGAUGGUUUGCUAACCACUGCAGGGACGGGAUGGUGCCUCGCUUCAAGGAGCUCGCCUUUGAAGACUUGGACUCCCGAAUAGCCACGGAGAAUCUCAGGUCCAUGUUCAGAGAGGCGGGGGUUAAACACUGUAAAGUAGACAAGGAUAUUGUCAUGUGGUGA